AUGUUUUCCAAAGGCCCCGGUAUCUUCUCCGACAUCGGAAUAUUAUCCAGAGAUAUCCUUACCAAAGAUUACAACUCCGAUCAACGGUUCACAAUAUCCUCCUCCACCAACUCCGGCAUCGAUUUGCAUUCAACGUUAUUGAAGAGUAGAGGACUUUCCUCCGGUGAUGUUGCUGCUCAAAUUAACCACAAAAAGAAUACUCUUCUUUUCAAAGUUGAUACCGAAUCAAGUGUGUUGACAACAUUUACUCUCACAGAUUUUGUGUCUUCUGCGAAAGCCGUUGCUUCUAUUCGAUUACCUGAUUACAAAUCCGGAAAGAUUGAGGUUCAAUAUCUUCAUGAUCAUGCUGGUUUUACUACUUCUGUUGUUUUAAAUUGCAACCCUGCUAUUGAUUUUUCUGCGACAAUUGGUACUCCUGGGAUUGCAUUUGGCGCGGAAACUAGCCACUCCACAAGUGUUGGGAAGCUUACAAAGUAUAAUGUUGGAUUGUGUUUGAAGAUGCCGAGUUCGCAUACUUCCACCCAAUUUUCCGGAAGAUUCAAAGACGGUGUUGAUUGCUCAGUUAAGGAUGCUUCGCAAGGUUUUGCCCGUUGA